GAGCUCAGCGAUCUCAGCCGGGAACGUGCCCGGGCCGCUAUCUGGGGCUCGAUACAGAUGGCUGCCUCUGGCAUCGUGCCUACCCACAACCUUUUCCGGUCUGAGUGUUCAGGCCCAGGCGAGAUCUACACUCUCACUCCUCUCACUCCUUCCACCGUCCCUCUCCAGUGCGUACACGUUGGCCAAGGUGCGAUACCCGAUGCACUCGCCGACAUCCCUCGUGGCCUCCUGCCAAUUGACGAUCUGCUCGCGAAACUCAACAGUGUCCUUGGGACGUCGUAUACGCUCGACACCCCUGGUGUCCGUGACUGCUUGGAAUACGCGCUCGGCAGUUUGCACGAUUUCGGGGAGGUGUAUGGGACACUGCGCUCGGAGUGGUCGUGCUGGCGGGGGCCUGAAGACUCUGCCGCAGCACUGGCCAAGAUGAAGGAGCGUCGUGAUGAGGUUCAACAAAGGCGGGACAAUGCCAUUCGCGGUCACUCCAUCCAGAACUCGCAAAUCCCUCCUCGACGUGUGUGGGACCUGUACAGCAACCGAGUCCUCCCAUUCCAUGUCAUGCCUCGGACAGAUCACGAGGACGACGGUUGGUUGCCCGAUGACCUGUGGACGGUGUCACACAGCUGGGUCCGCGAACAAGACCGCGAGUACGUCAUGACCGUGAUCAACGGACGCCGAUGGUGCGUGACGAUUCCGCGCGGCACAUCCCUCGACCACAUCCGCAUCGAGCUACUCAACAUGGGCGCCAGAUACGUUUGGCUCGACGUCCUCUGUUUAUGGCAGGUGGGCAACGUGGACGACGACGAAGCUCGGCUCGAGGAAUGGGAGCUCGAUGUACCCACCAUCGGCCACAUCUACCGUGAGAGACCGUGCAUCACGUAUUUCAACGGCUUGGGGUUGCCGUUCGAUUCGUCGCCAGCAGUUGUCGAGUCGGACUGGCACUGGUUCAAUCGCGUGUGGACCGUGCAGGAGACGCGGAAUACCUGGCUGCCCGGUGGGCUCACUGCGACGCCUCACGUCGAUAGCCCAGGGUUCUUUUCUCGGCUGCGGGGCGUCUUGCAAAGUCUGGAGAUAUUCGAUGCCAUUCGAGCCAUCAGGGAUCGCCAUUGCACCACCGAACUCGACAGGGUCGCCGGUCUCGCUUAUUUCCUGCGGUGCGAGACGCUGCCGCUCUAUUAUCAGUCGGCUUCCUCAGAGUCUGCAUGGACAUUGCUCAUCAAGCACAUGCAUCCAUGGUGGUGGCCAGCCCUUUUCUGCCAAUACGAGUCUGACGUGCCGUUUGGACUCUUCGUCUCAUGGGCCACGUUCCUCGGAGAGACGUCACUACCGGCGCUAGAGUACUUUGAGCCACGUUUGGAGCUGGUGGAUCCUCUGGACGUUCACACCAAUGAGCCAGGGCAGUAUUGCCAAACCCUAGUACCUGCCACCGAGCCGUGCUACAUUGUAUCCCCACCCAAUGACACGCACCAAGGCACCGGACCACAAGCGCUCCAACUCCACUUCUACGACCGCGCUGAUCCUAUUACUGUGCAAGUCUCUGCUACCAGUACACAUGGAUGUCUUGUUCCACAUGUUCCCUAUCGCUUUCUCACUUGUGCCAGGCGGCUCUCGGGCAUAGCGGCCUGGGUUGCAGUUGAAGUGGUUGGAGAGCGGGACUUGCGAGGCAAGAAAGCGCUUGAGGUGAUCAAGUGGGGUGUCAUUCUUAUGGACAUACGCAAGGACGAGAGACUCAGGAAGCUAGGAUUAGGGAGUAAAAAGACGACGGUGGUUUACUUGUCAAGUGAGGAGGCCCUGGCCAGGAGCGGGCACGUCGACAAGUACGUGGGGGCAUUUAACAUGGCGAGAGAGAGCCGGAAGGCGCAGAACGAGCCGUAAUGUAUUUAGCGAUGUGCAGCGAGAGUGUAUAUCACAAGGUCUGA